AUAAACAGCACUCUUUCGUUUAGCAGGCUUUAGGUCAAUAUAAUCCCUUCAUUGAUUAAAGUCGAUAUUCUGUCAGAGUUCUUUCCCUAAAGGACGACCUUUGUAGUGGGGUGGGCCGACGAAUAAGGGAGAGAGAACUGGCCGUCGACCCCGACAGUUUAGUUGCCUUAUGAACCGCGUAUGGGUCGUUCGUGUUUUUACCCUUACAUUUUCUCGAUUAAAAUUCCUUUUACAUUUCUUUCAUUCAGUCUGCUAUAGAUUUUUUCUGCUUAUGAUUAAUACAUUAUUGUGUAUGACUGUUUCAUUGUAUUAAUGAGAACGUCGUGCGAGCAUUUGAAAUGAAAGAUUGUUUACAGUGAAGUACAAAAAUGUUUUGCUGAGAAAUAUGUUAACCGUAAUAUGUAAUUUUUACUAAAAAAUAAUGUAAAAUGUUUGUGUAACUUUGAAUAUUACAGUCCAUGUUUGAACUUCUUUUAAUUUAUUUAUUAAAUUGCAACUGUAUCGUGAUAGUUGUUGAAUCUUUAAUCUUAUCGUUAUUGUUUUAGUUUGGAAACAUAUAUAAGACAGAUUAUGAUGUUAAUGCUUAACAUUAUGGUUAAUGAUAAUAAAGACAAUGUAUUGUCAAGCAUUUUCCUAAAUUGCGAAGGUGUAAAAAUGUUGGGGAAGUGAAUAGUGAAAGUUCGCGGUGUACAUAAGUCCUUCGAUAUCGAUUCCUGCAAAUUGCAGUGGUGCAUCCUCCACCAACAGCACAUUUAUGACUCUCCUCCUCUCAAUGCGAGAAAAAUUAUUCACGAGGAGAAUGUUCGCAUCCAGAUAAACCAGAAAAUUGUAAGUUUAUAAAUAUCACGAUGUUUUUAAAAUUAAUUGACUGUGACAUUAGAAAUUAUAUCUGACUUUUUAUUAUUGUUCAUUGAGAAUAUUUAUAAAGUUAAAAAAAUUGAACACGGAUGACGGAUUGGAUAUGAAUUUGAAAUUUAAAUGGCUCUUCCUUGGAAUACUAGUUACCAUCCUCCUUGAAUUCGAUAUUACUAGAUCAAUGAUAAAGGAUGAAGAUGAGUUUGUUGCAUUGAAAAUUGAUUCUCCCUCUUCUCACGUCGCCCUUUCGGGAGACCUUACAAUAUCUGUUACAAAGUCGACUGAAACGUUAGAAAAAACAAAGUACAAAUAUGGAUUCAAAGAAGAAGAAAAUACAGAUUCGAAAUCACAUGAAAAUAUUUCUAAUCAAUUUUUUCUACUGAGAGUACUGUACCUUUUUGAAGACAUAUCAGAAUUAAUAGGUGAAAUUCGACUAGAACAGUUGCCUUCGGGAAAUGAAACCAUUUCAAUCAUCAUUCCCUGCGGGUAUUUUACUCGUGGCGGUGUUUACGCCCUACGAGUUGAAUAUAAGUAUGAAAAUUCAACAGUGCCUGUUGCCACUCUUCAUCAGACAAGUAAAAUAUUAGAUGUAAAGUGGCCACUACCAACAAUCUUCUUAGAAUCUCAGCAAAUUACUACUUACCCAGAUAAGCCUGUCAAAGCCACAAUAAGAUACGAUGGAGUAAACUGCGGCCCAUCUGACAAUGUUCCUGUAGCUGUUUACAUCCUACAACUAAUAUAUUGCGGAUCUAGUGUAACUGCUUGUUAUUUGCAGAAUAAUACUUAUAUUCAAAUAUUAUAUUACGAAGAAAUAAGAGAUUUUUUACCAACAAAGACUAUUUUUUUCCGAUGUGAAUUGCUCGGAUUACCUGGUAAUUAUGCUGUAAGAUUAAAAGCUUCGAAUACCAAUCCCACAGCACCAAAUACUAGCGUGUACUUUAAGGUGAAAUGGUCUGAAGAAUUUAAACUUACGGUUCAUGCAAGAUCGAUAUAUCCUUGUGAAGGGUCAGGAGGUGUAGCCGUCCUUUUCGAAUAUCCUGCGUGUCGACUAGAAGGUGAUCGUGUUCGUGUUUAUGGUCGUUUGAAAGCUGAUGUUACUUCCGUUGCUUCACCCUCCAGUCUUCAUUAUAUUACCGAAUCUAGAUCAAUACCUGGCAAGCAUUCCUUGGCUUUCGAUUGUGACCUUUUCACAGAAAAAUUUGUCGAAUAUUGUUUCGUCUAUGUUAGCCAGGCGGUCACAGGUGCUAUGGGGGAUGUUAAUAUGUCCUGCAUACCCACCUUCCCUCUCCAAGAAAGUGAUGCUGCUGGUUGGGGACCUUGGAGUCCAUGGAGCCCAUGCAGUAGCUCGUGUUUUGGAGGAAUUCGAAAUCGAUAUCGCUUUUGUGACACUCCACCUCCGAAAUAUGGAGCAAGAUUUUGCCAGGGAAAGGCAAUAGAAACUGAAUUCUGCGGCAAAAUAUUUUGGGAAGCAUCCUCUAAAAAUGAAGAAUGGCAUAAUCGAAUUCAGAAUUCGAUAUGCGAUAGUGCAGUUUUGGCUGCAACAAAGCCGGAAAUUUUAGCUGACAUUGGAUUACAGUGUCGAUGUGGAUGUCGUAUUGUAUUAAAGCAUCAACCUUACAGGAAAAUCCUUGGAGCUAAUACUCAAGCUUGUCCUGGCCGAUCAUUCUGGCUUCUGCAGGCGCAGGCGAAUUUUAUAAUUGGAUUACAUUUAGAUCAAUUAAAAUUUCCUUGCCCAGGACAGUAUUUUCGUGUUCGGGAUGGGAAUUCCUUAAAUGCAGAUCUCUUAAUCGAUGUUACAUAUGAUAAAAUGCAAUUUACUGUGAAAACACUCAUCAGCUCUGGGCAAAAUUUAUUACUGGAAUUUUUUAGUGAUGAACUUGUAGCAUCAGGAGAUGCUUGUAUCGGUGGUUUUCUUGCUCAUGCAGCUGUACUAGAUAAAAAGUAUCUAAAAAGAAAUAGAACCACCACCACUGUGCCUUUUGAAACAAAUUCAACGAACGUUGAAGAAGAAUGGAUCUUUUGGAAACCAGCACAUUUAGCAACUGCCUUGCUUUUGAUACUCAUAUUUAUAGUUUCUAUUUUCUUGACGUUACAAUUUAUUAUAAAGUAUAGAAAGUAUCGUAUUGCUGAGGAUUUGGACAGUCUAAAUGAUGUUUCAGAACUAAUGCCUGAUCGAUCAAAAUUUCUAUCUACAAGUACAAUCAUUUCCGAGGUUAUCUCUAUGAUAGAAACAACCACUAAAUCUGCUCCAAAGGAGACUUUAAGUAAUACAGAAGACCACUACCAUAGUAUCGAAACCUUAACAGGGUGCAAGGAUGAAUCUACAUUGAGUUCUAGUACAUUAAAAUUAAAUAGCACGUUGGAAAGUUCUUCUGACAAAACAAUCACAUCAAUAAAAUCAAACUGUGAUAAAUUAUUAUCAGCUUCCAGUAUUCUUGUGUAUCAUAAACCAGAAGUUAAAUAUGCUUAUCCCGUAAAGUUACAAACAAUAGAUUACGAUGGUUCAGAAGAGAAAGUAUUAAAAAUGGAAAAUGGUAACUUAAAAGAUAAUAAAAGUAAUAGCAUCUCAAAAAUUUAUCAAAAUAAUGAUAUUAGUUAUUCAGAAGGAAAAGAAUCUUCACCUGAAAGUGUUAUUUCAAGUCCAUCAAUUUUAGUAAGUGGGAAAGAAACGAAGGAAAGAAGAAAUCGUGAAAAACUUCUACAAGGUCCAGGAUCAGAAUUUAGUCUAACAAAUCCUGAUUCAGAACUCGAACUGGAUUAUUAUGAUUACAAUGUAGCAAAUGCUAGUGCUGUUCCAGGAUCUUACUUAGGAAUGGAUCCUGCUUUUUUAGUUUGGAUUCCACCAAUCGAGGAUUUACAUCUAGACACAGAAGAUCUUCUCUUAGGAAGCAAGAGAAAUUCUAUUUUGGCUCUUGAGACUGAAGGUGCUGCAUUAACACCUUCCGAAUAUAGAAGAAUGAAACUUUCUAGUUUUGAAGACUUUGGAUUUGAAUUGGAACAAGGAACAAGAACAUUUGAAAAAUUACUUCCUGUCCAAAAACUUCUAGAAGAUUCUAGUAUUAAAGUAAGCAUGGAAUCUGUAUCUGGUAUCCUCGAACAUAAACAAUACUGUGUUAUUUCGAACCGGAGGGUUCGUCUAGGCAAAGACGAAGAAUCAAGCGAAGAAUCGAACUCUUCUAAAAGCCUUCUUGGAAGCCCAAUAAAUAUGCUGAAUAACGAUGAAAAUAAUAAAGGAAAACUAUGUUCUACGCCAAACAGAAUUUUACAAAAAGAUCUUUCAAAGAUAAAGCAGAAUUGUAAUCAAAAAAAAAUUUCUAACAAUCAAGACGAGGAUAUAACAAAUAUGUCUUGUAAAUAUAAAGAGUUAAUGGAAUGCACUCAAUCAAUUACAAACAUAAAGGACACAGUAAAUAUUCCUAUGACAGAAUUAUCAGGGAGCCCUUUAAAAAGCUUUUCUCAAGUACGAAAAUUAAAUAGCAGAGAUAUCGAUGCCUCUUUAAAUGUUCAAAAUCCAGAUUAUGGUAUAGAAACAUUUUGCCUAAAGCAGGGGUCUUUUUAUGAUCAAAAUAUCAAAUUUGUUGACGAUGAUGACGAUGAAUAUAUCGACUAGAAAUUUUUCUUAUUCAUAAAAUUAUUCUUAUUUAUUUCUACUAUAAUUUCUAUAAUUUUUUUAGUUUAACGUUUUCGUUUAUAUCAUUCGCUAGCUUAAUAGCACGCGAACAUUUAGAUUUCAUUAUUUAAUUUAAGGUAUUUUAAAUAUCUUAAUAUUAUUUCUUUAAAUAUAAUUAUAUUUCUUGUUAUUACAAAGUAAUGAUUUUAGAAAAUUGUUAAACUUGUAACAAGGUACAUUAAUGUCUCUCAAGAUAUAACCAAGGAUUGAUUAUCGAGGCUUUUUUUUUACCUGUAAUAGAAUUUGAAUUUUGACGUAAUAAUAGAUAUAAUAGUUAUGACGAUCUAAAUGAACAGACAAUGAAAAAAAGAAUAAAGAGAAAAAUUAUAUUUAACUACUUUGACUCUGCUACCGAACGAUUCAUAUCGAUUUACAAAAUUUACUGUAACCUCGUCAAUUAUAAAGAUACAGCUAUUAAAUUUAGAGCGAAUGUGUAAAAAGGAAUAGGCAAUCUAUUUAUGAGCCUAAAACAGCGCUUCUUAAACUUUUCGCAUUCACGAUCUCGAAAAUUUUCACGACACCCCAUAAUUCUGUUACACAAUUUCAUAUGGGGUUGCGAUCCAUAGUUUAAGAAGUCCUGAUGUAAAGGGACAAUUAUAAAAUGCUACGUAACGGCAUUUACUAGUUCGAUCGUUGAUUAGGUAAUGGCCUACUGCCAUGCGGUAGUAGAGAUAAUAAGGUCAUAUUAUGCGGAACUCCUCGAGUUGCAUUUUGAAAUAUAUUACAAUAAUAUUAUCACGCUCGUAUGUUAAAUUAAAAACAUUUUUUUUAUAGAUGAAUAAUUACAUUUUUAUUUUAAAUUUCAAAAUAUUUGUAAAGUUCAAAUUUUUAAACUUAUAUGAUUUAUCGUGAAUCGAAAAACAUAAGUCUAUGAAACUCUAUCAAAAAAGGACAUAAGGUCUAAGAGAUCUCGUAUUUCCAACAAAAAUACCAAAAAAUAUUAAAAAAUAUCUAGUAAACACGGAAUUGAAUACAAUAAGAGUGACUAAUUUCUAAUUUAUGGAAACAGAUCUUCAAUAUUUUUAAAAUCGUUAACCACUUUAACGUGAUUAUGUGCAAUUGUAUAUAAUAAUUCUCAUUAUUUAAUCAUUGGUAUAGUACAAAUUAUAUGACGCAGUACAGUUACUCUAGGAUUUAAUAUUUUGCUAUGUAAUUGUAUAAUAUAAAAUGUAUGGAAAAAUAUAUAUCAUGCAUAAGAAUGAUUAAUGAAAGAUCAUACGAGUAAAUGUAUAUUCUUAUACAUAUAACUGAUGUAUAUCAAUUUUUUUUCUUCAAAUAACUUCAAAUAACUCGUAACAGAAAUCAUGUGUAAAGCUGUAAUAUAUAUUUUAUAGGAGCUGAUUUCUACAUCACUUAUAUUACUUAUUUCAAGCAUUAAUUUAGGUCUCAUUUACUUUUCUAGAAAAGGAUAGAUGUAUUGUUAAUUAAUACAGGGUGUUUAGUGUGUCUCGGUUGCUUUAAUGUCUUAAGACGCCUGUGCAUACAUUUUUUAAGGUAUUACGAAAAAUUGUAUGAGGAAAAAAUUGACUACUUUGGAACAACGAACACUAUGAUUCAUGACUUCUCUCACAAUAUCAUCUGAAGCAGUCAAUUUCAUCUUGCCUGAUUACGAUUAAAAUAAUAUUGUCACGUUGAUUAAUAAUUCACUAGCAAUAUUUUGUAUUGUUCUCAUUGUAUAUAAAUGGUAAAGUAAAUUAUCUAAUAUGAAACACAAAAAUAAUAUAAGAGAACACACGAAGGAUCA